AUGGGGAUCGAUCUGAACAUGAUCGAGGAGGAGGAGGAGGAGGAGGCGGAGCACCCGACCUCACUCCAGCCACCGCAAACCCACCACCACCACCGGCGGCAGCCCCCUCAUCCUCCGCCGCCGAUAGCGGCAUCGGGCGGAGUAGUUGGAGGUUCUUCUUCUUCUGGGGCCUCGCCGCUGGUGUGCCUGGAGCUCUGGCACGCCUGCGCGGGGCCGUUGAUAUCCUUGCCGAGGAAGGGGAGAGUGGUGGUGUACUUGCUGCAGGGGCAUCUCGAGCAGCUUGGAGACGGCGGCGGCGUUGGGCUCCUCCAUUACGAUGUGCCUCCCCACGUCUUCUGCCGCAUCCUCGAUGUCAAGCUUCGCGUCGGUUUCCUAAAUGUCAUCCACAGCUAA